AAUAAACAUUCUCUCGAACUUGCAUUUUAAUUAAAAACAAAACAGGAUAAAUAAACAAUAUUAUUAAGUAUUAUAAAAGUAUAAUUUUGUGAAAAUAUGUGAUUAUACUAAAAAACAUAUCCAAUUUAAUUCUGCACAAAGUGAAUUGAAUUCAAAUAAUGGAGUACCACAAGCGAACGAAUGAAUUACCGGUGGACAGUACCACAAAAAGUAAGCGACAGCGACGUUGUCUUACAAUAGAAGAUAAAAUAAAACUAUUGGAUCGUUUAAAAGCUGGAGAACGUACAAUGGAUUUGAGUCGAGAAUACGAAAUCAGCGAUAGUACAAUACGUUCGCUUAUAAGUAGCGAAAGCCAAAUCCGUAAAUACGCUAGGCAGUGUACAAAAUAUACAUAUCGAUCUGUGGCAUAUAUCCCACGGGAUGAAGUGCAAGCAAAAAUGGAACACGAAUUGUAUGUGUGGUAUGAGGAUCAACUCCAUCACGGUGGUACGCAAAGCGUUAGCAGCAUAUGUGCCAAGGCAAGAGAAAUAUAUAGAUCACUUAAGGGUAAAAAAGAAGUAUUCAACUGUGGUAAAAGCAAUCGAAAAAGUGACGAAGAAUUGCAAUUGGAUAGCCGUGAUUUUAAAGCUAGCAAAAGUUGGUUUGUGAAAUUUCGCAAACGUUAUAAUUUAGAGUUUAACACUCCCCACAUAGCUCAAUCCGUUGAUCAAUCUAUAUGCAAUUUAUACGCAGCAAAAUUUAGUAAGUUAAUGCAGACAGAAAACUAUCAGCCAUGUCAAGUAUUUAGCGCUUUUGAGUUGUCAUUUGCCUGGAAAAGCUUGCCAAGUCAUACAUUCAUUGCAAAAGAAGACAAAUCACGAGACAAAAUGGGUUAUGAUCACAUUAGCUUACUUAUAUGUAAUAACGCGCAAGGAAAUUUCUGCGUCAAACCAAUGUUGAUACAUCGUACACGCAUGCCGCAUUGCCUACGUAACACAAAAAUAAGCGAUUUACCCGUAUUUUGGCGUUGCCGUGGACGUCAAACACAAAGUUCACCCAAAGUGACGCCAUCACAUUUCCAUGAUUGGCUCAUACAAUGUUUCACACCACGCGUUCGAAAUUAUUUGCAAAUUAUGGAAAUGCCAGAACGUUGCGUACUUCUUUUAAGUAGUGAGCUGCAGCAAAUGGUGCUUCCAACAUACGAUGAAUCAUUUUUACGCGUUGAAUUCCUACCAGAAAACACCGCACAAUUGCUGCACCCAAUUGCGCAAAGUGUGUUGCCAAUUUUCCAUUGCAAAUAUUUGCGCAGAUUCUUCGAACAUUUGGUGCAAAGUCUCGAAGUGAAAACGGAAUCUGAUUUGUAUAAAGUCUGGCAGAAAUACUCAAUCGCCCAUGCCAUUGAUAACAUACAUGAGUCAUUGGAAGAUAUCAAUGUAGAAAGCUGGAAAAGUGGCUGGUAUCAACUUUGGUCAAAAAUUGGAAUCGAACCUUCGCACAAUUCUCUCCUCGCUGAUGAAAUAACACAUAUUACAAUUAAUGGCAGACAACUACCCGGAGAUGAUUUUGCUGAUAUGACUAUUGAGGAUAUAAAGCAGCAUUUGAAACUCGGCGAGAGUAUAACAAAUAACGAACCUGAGACACAAACAGAGUCCACUCAACAAAUAAAGUACGAAAAAUCUGCGGAACGGCCUGUUCAAAUAGAAAAUGAGGAGCUUAUCAGCUUAUGCUCAGAUACGCAAUCAGAGGACGCUGACAUUAUCAUAAAUCAGGGCAUAAAAGAAGUUAGUGAAAAUGAAAUAUACAUUCAAUUUGCCGACAGUGAUGAUGAAGUGCAUGAAUUUGAGCAAUCUGACGAAGAAGCCUUCAUACAAUUUCAUCAAACUGAAGAUUCCAAUGAAUAUGGCUCUAAAUUGCGAAUGCCUACACGAAGCAAUAACACAACUCUUGCGAAAAAGAAUACCGAAGCGCGUGAACAAAUACAAAUAAUAAACAAAGCAUUUGAUUUAACACAUGAUCUAUUGGAAACUUUAGGUCAACUCGAAGCACAGACAAACUUAACACAUUUCGAAAGUGGUUUAAAUAACUUGAUGCAACCUUAUGUAGAAUUAAAGAAAAAACUCCUGCAACCUAGUAUAAAAGACUACUUUAGUUAAGAUAGCUGUGAUGGCGAUCGUUGCAAUUUGAAGUCUUAUUUUGCUAACUUCCAGAUUGGUUGAAUAUGCAGUAAAGCUAAACAGAUGCAGUUUUUGUUGUUGUUGUUAGUGUCGCGGCAGAAACAUUAUCCGAAUAAUUUUCGGAUUUGCCUCCGUGUUGACAGUUCCUAAUCGGUGAUUGCACUAAUUGGAAAUACGUAGAUAGUAGACAGUUUUUGUUGUUGUUGUUAGUGUCGCGGCAGAAACAUUAUCCGAAUAAUUUUCGGAUUUGCCUCCGUGUUGACAGUUCCUAAUCGGUGAUUGCACUAAUUGGAAAUACGUAGAUAGGCAACUUCUAUUUCAUCAAAGCGUGUCCAAUCUUCCAAGCUGAUUGCUGUUAAUGAAGAAACUAUUUGAAUUACUAAAGUAUAAAGUUUUUCGGAUUAUCAAUAUAAUUUCUGUUAAGAAUCCCUCUCAUAAGUUAUAUGACCGUUUAUUGAAGUCAAUAUUAAUUGGAAAAUAUCUUAUAGGCACCAUACCUAAUGUUUUAAAUUAAUAAACAGUUUAAAAAACGAAAAAUUAUAAAUUUAUAA